UCCGUGAGAUUAUUGAAUAAUGUCAUCGUCCGUCCUGGGACAAUCGCCCCGCAAACUGAGCCCUGGGCUUAGCUCGCCUUCCGCCACUGAAAUGAGGAGGUCGGCCACGGAGCCACCGAGUAGAGCGUCUCGUAAGCAUGGCAACAACAAUUGUGGUAAGGGAGGGGUACACGGAGGGAGCGACAACAAGAAUAUGCGGCCCGUGGACCUCAGCAAGCACUUGCUAAAAACGAAGGUGUGUAGCCUGUUCUUGGAAGGCCGUUGUCAUUAUGGUUCGAAGUGCUUUUUUGCUCACUCAACGUCGGAGUUGCAGCAGCAGCCGAACUUGAAGAAAACUAGUCUUUGCAGACUUUAUAGACAAGGUAAGUGCACAAAAGGUUCUGCAUGCACCUAUGCUCAUUCGGCCGCGGAACUCCGGGCGACUGAGAAAACCGUUAUGUGCAUAUGGUGGUUGAGUGGGAACUGUAGUCAUGGAUCUAAAUGCCGUUUCGCGCAUGGCGAAGCCGAGUUGAGAUCACCGCCAAAGUCGGACUCUACUGUCUCGUCCAUUGCAGAGAGUAGUCCGCGCUCCCAAGUGUCAUUCGACGGCCGUUUUAAAGAUAGUCAAGGCUCAGCUAGCGCUCUGGCAACUCCUUACGACUUUGGCCAUGCCGCCACGUUUGACUGUUGUAAGGCUUCUGAUCCUGUUGAAGAGGAACUCUGUCAGAGAGACGAGUUCGGGACCUCUCCAGCUAAUUUACUGCCCUCUUAUUUGACUCGCGAUAUCAUCGAAUCUGACCCUGAAGAGGAACUGGCUGAGCUCGAGAGGAAUCUCCCUAAAUCACCCUUCGAGAUGGUUCGUGGUGCGCCGAAGAUUGUCACUCCUUCCCUACCAGCUACUGGUACAGAGCUCCCUCGGUGCGUUGCUUGCCAUAACACUGUCUCGAAUGACGGUGACGUGUUGUGCCAGAAAUGUUUGGCUGGCUGCUGUGCUGCUAUCACAAGCGGUGAUGACAGCAGCUUUUUGAUCUCUAUGUAGAUAUUUGUCCAUCAUGAGUUUCUUUGAAUGCCUCGGUGAGCGCGUUCUUCGAGACUCCAACGCGGUUGCGAUAUCCGUGUUUUUGGUAAGUUUGUCAGUGUUCCCUCCCCACAGAGGCGAACACAACAUCUCUUUGUUGAUCACUGCUG